CGGCGCGCGCGCGGGCAGCGGGGCUGGCGCGCGCUCCCCGCCGCCGCUCGCGGGUUGGAAGUUGGCGCCGCGCGCGAUGCGGGACUGAGGGCGGGACUGAGGGCCCCGCCGCCCGCCCCGGGCCCGCCGCCCGCGCCCGCCGCCCGCCUUCUCCCGGCCCCGCUCUCCGGCUGCUCCCGCCGCUGCCGCCAUGUCUGCGGGCUUCUCCUUCGGCGCGGGGACCCUGGGCUCCGCGGCCGCCGCCGCCGCCGGGGCGGGAGGAGGAGGAGGCGGGGGUUUCUCCUUCGGAGCCGGCACGUCGAGCUCAACAGGAGGACUUAAUUUUGGAACUCUGGGCUCUUCCACUGCUACAGCAACUACAUCAGCUCCUUCAGUGGGCUUUGGGAGUGGACUUUUUGGAUCAAAACCAACCACUGGCUUUACACUAGGAGGCACCAGUACAGCAGGAACAGCAACAACUAUUGCUACAGGACUGACACUAGGUACACCUGCCACCACAUCAGCAGCUACCACAGGCUUUAGUUUAGGUUUCAACAAACCUGCAGGUUCAGCCACGCCAUUUGCUUUACCUGCUGCUUCUACCUCAGCGAGUGGCCUGUCACUAUCAUCUGCGCUUACAUCGACUCCUGCAGCAGGAACUACUGGCUUUACUUUAAAUUUGGGUGGCACAACUGCUCCAACUACAACUGCCUCCACAGGCCUUUCCUUAGGAGGAGCAUUAGCAGGUUUAGGAGGUUCACUCUUCCAGAAUACAAGCACAGCAGCAACAGGACUUGGGCAGAAUGCUCUGAGUUUGACUCUGGGGACAACUACGACUGCUUCAACUACUGCUAGUGAAGGUCUUGGUGGCAUUGAUUUUAGUAGUUCUUCAGACAAAAAGAGUGACAAAACUGGAGCAAGACCAGAGGAUAGCAAAGCCCUAAAGGAUGAAAAUCUACCUCCAGUAAUCUGUCAAGAUGUAGAAAAUCUACAGAAAUUUGUGAAAGAACAAAAACAAGUUCAGGAAGAAAUUAGUAGAAUGUCCUCUAAAGCAAUGCUUAAAGUACAAGAAGACAUUAAAGCUUUGAAACAGCUUCUGUCUGUAGUUGCCAGUGGAUUACAAAGGAACACUCUUAAUAUUGACAAGCUGAAAGUGGAAACUGCACAGGAACUAAAGAAUGCAGAAAUAGCAUUGCGAACACAGAAGACUCCUCCUGGUCUCCAGCAUGAAAAUACAGCCCCAGCAGACUACUUCAGAAUCUUGGUCGAGCAGUUUGAAGUACAACUGCAGCAAUACAGGCAACAAAUAGAAGAACUGGAAAAUCAUCUUGCUACUCAAGCAAAUAAUUCUCAUAUAACUCCCCAAGAUUUGUCUAUGGCUAUGCAGAAAAUCUAUCAAACAUUUGUAGCUUUAGCUGCACAACUUCAAUCAAUACAUGAAAACGUAAAGAUGCUUAAAGACCAAUACCUUGGCUACAGGAAAACCUUUCUGGGAGAUGCCAUGGAUGUGUUUGAGGCCAGACGAGCAGAAGCUAAGAAGUGGCAGAGCGCGCCACGUGUUACCACGGGACCGACUCCUUUCAGCAACAUACCAAAUGCAGCAGCCGUUGCCAUGGCUGCAACACUUACUCAGCAGCAACAGCCUGCUACAGGGCCACAGCCAUCUCUGGGAGUUAGUUUUGGAACGCCAUUCGGCUCAGGUAUUGGCACUGGCUUGCAAUCAAGUGGCUUAGGUUCUUCAAGCCUUGGAGGUACACUUUAACUUUUCUAACCUUUCAUUGAAUUAUUAUACAGCACAUCUGAAUCUCUUGAAAACCUUUAACUCCGGUAAGAGGAUUAUCUCUUUCAGGGAAGGACCUGAUAAUUUGGCAAUCUGCAUUUUCCAGACUCCUUCGUGCCUUGCAGAAGGAAUUGCUAAGGCUGAUACGAAGGCGAAUAAGCUAUUGUAGUAAAAACUCAGGAUGAAGUAAUCACACAGAAGUUCUGUUCUUAAAGCUAGGGAAGUGCAUCAAGUGCAUCCUUUUAGAACUACAACUUGACUUAAUUUUACAUAUAUGAAAGUUAGGCAUCUGAGACAUUGGAUCAUGCUGUAGCUAAUACAUAGAAGUCUUUCACUCGUAUGUACAACUGCUAACUAUAGGGACUAAUUUCUGCUUGGAUUAAGACAAGAAUAAAUGCUAAAAAAUUACUACAGUUCUGGGAUCCUGACUGCUGAAAAAUACUUGCUUUAGCUGUCAUUCUGUCCCUCAGUGCUGAGGUAGAAGGAAAACCCCUGCCUUGAGCUGAAAAAGCAACAUUUGAAAGUGAGGAAAAAAUAUUUAUAAAAAUGUUAAUAGUGCUGGUGGGGAAUAUAUUCCAAGAGGACACAUCAACUGUGAAAGAGUAGGUGGCAGUAAAAAAAAUAUGAUAUUUUCAUGUAAAUAUAAUUAAUUUUCAGUAGUUGAGCUACAAGUAGAAUCUAAGUGAUCAGUAGGACCUAAUCUGCAUGUAAAUUUCCUAGCUGUAUAGGUCAGGGGUUCCUACAGUGGAAGUCAAAAGACGCUAGUGUCUUCUGAAGCUUUUGUAUGAGAUCUGCAAAAAAAAUUUUUACAUCUGCUAAGCACAAGCUUAUGUUGUGGUUUUUCUUGUUACAUCCUCUCUGCAGCCUCAGUCCUCACCACUACGUUUUGCCUCUGAGCUGAGCCUGUGAGUCAGUGUUGCAAUGUAUUGAAACUAAUUAAACAUCACUCGGUAUUGGAAAGAUGUACUUGAACGCUGCAUCACUUUUACCUGAAAUGAUCGCCUUGAAAUUGUCUUUAAAUCUACCAGUGUCCUUUCUCAUCUGAUUUUAAGUGUUUUCAGAUAAAAGUCUGUACACCUAAGCAGGAAAAAAUAACAGAAUAAUGGACAAGAUGGAAAGUACUUCUGAAUUUCCAGGUUAUUCCCACAAUGUUUUGAAUACCCUAAAUAAUCCAAUUAAAUUCUCCCUUUUCAACCAAAGAGGUUGUAGACUUACAAAGAUGAUUUGUAUAUGUUCACCAAUCUUGGUAAUGGAAAUUGAAGAACAUUAUUCUUUCAAACUGAUGGACACUUGCUUCUAGGUUUGUCAUAGAGGACCAGCGUGUAUUCUUUUUUUGCUAGUUCUCUGCUUAAGAAGGCAUUUGCUUACAUUUAAUCUAUUCUGCAUUAAUUGGAAAUUUUUUUGUCUUUCAACAACUCAAGGAGACUCCUGGAGAGAAGCAAGUGUAGAAUAAUAAAGGAACACGUGCAAAAUAUCCUGCAGGUGUGCCCUUGGAAACAAAUUAGCAAAAUUAAUACUGACGAUUUUUUUUAUUUAUUUUUUUUACAGGAUAACUUAAAUGUUGUACUCUUGAAAAACCAUUUUAAUCAGGGAAAUUUGUGCUCUUUCUAUGAUAAAUAUUCUGUGAAUUUUAUCUGUGAUAAACAUAGAGACUUUUGCAUUUGUUUAAGAUAAGUAGCAUAUAGAUCCUAUGCUUCAUUAAAUAUUUGCAGACACCUUGCCUGACCACUGGUAAUUUAUUUCAAACUAGACAGGACAAAAUAUUCUAUUACUUAAACUACUGUACAUUUGAAUUAUAUUUGCCAUUAUAUGCUCUUAAAACUUACUCAGUUUAAAAAUUACAGAAGACUAGAGAGCACUGCUUCAUUGUGUGUGUGUUCAAUCAUUACUAGUUUUAAAAUCUAAAAAUUAUUUCUCUACAGGAAUGGUAAAGGCUCAAUUUGAAGUAAAGCACAAGUAUUUUCCCUGACUCUUGAAACUUAAGAUCGGGACAUAAUUUCCUCAAAUACAAAUACUGUUCUUCUUGAAAGCCUCUCAAGACAGCCAAAGUCACAGAAUAUGUUUCUCUUUUGGUUCCUUUUGUCUGGCCUCUAUCUCAAAUUGCCAAUAUCAGCUUUACCUUUGACAUAAUCUUACAUUAACCGCAGAUUUUGAAGUCUUAAAAUGUCAUAAUAUAAAUAUUUUAAAUGUCAAUUACAAAGUUAACAGAAUGUAAUUUUAUUACUGCUAUAUGUUUAUGGCUAACCUUUGUGUUUAUUUUUCCAAUUAAAUAUUAAUGAAAUUCUGUUCUGUUUUUUAACCUGUUUUGUGGUCUCCUAGAUAAAGCUGGUCCCAACUAACCUGGUGGGGAGAGAACUCUAAAAUAAGCCAAAUAUAAACUUUAGAAAAUGUUUCCUCUGUUUUAAGCAUAGCGAAUUUUUCUGUUAAACUUUGGAUGAAGAUUGCAGCUUUCUGUGAUAGAAGCAAUAUCACUUGUGUCUGAGUCUUCUGAUUUUUGGCCCAUUUGUUUACCAUUUUCUUGUCAAUUUAACAGCAAUUCAAUAGCAAUUUCAUCAAGUCUGGUAGUUUACUUGACCUUGUAUAAAGCUUUUCCUUUACUCAGUUUUGUAUUUUGAAGGAAGUAUUUUUCUCCAGUGCUUCCUUGUUUGCACUGUUCUCUUAAUACAGUGCUGUGUUGAGAAGAAAAUACUCACGAUGCAAUAAUCUUAGGAAUAAGACCAAAAACUUGUAUGUC